UUGGCCCUUGCUUCUCUCAUCUGAUAUCUCUUGCUUGCUCUUGUUCCCUUCAGGCGUACAAAUUCCUGUAGAAAGCGUGUGCAAUUUUUAGCAUCUCCUCUGCCCUUGCUGCUGGUCCGUUUUCCCCCACCAACUGUUCAAUCAGCGAAUUCCUCCUGUUUGUUUUAAUUUUCGGAAAGGAAAAUUUGGUCAUCCUUUCUCCUUCCUCCCAUUCCUUCAUCCUUGACCUUAUCUGUAGUCCCCUAUUUCUCCAUCUCUCCCACUCUCCCACUCUCCCAGCUCUGUUUUUGCCUUCUCCAAUACUCCUUUGUAAAGGUGGGAUCCUGGAUUCAACACCGACUUCUUUUUUGCUAUUUUGACUGCUUGCUCGAACUCCCUUUCUCGUUCAUUUGUGCUCCCAGCGACCUUCCUGCCCAGUUCGCUGAUGCCUGCGAGCAGCAGCAUUGAGAAGAAGGACCGGACAGCCAACUCAUCCAAGCAACAUUUUAUCUCCAAGUUGGCAUGGAAGUAUGUUAUUAGGAAGAAGGAGAAGGGGGGGUUAGGCAUUAUUGACUCUGGGCUACAGGCUAAAUGAAUGGGUGAUUAAAUUGAUAAUUAACCACAGGCUGCCAUGGGUCCCAUUGGCCUUAGAAGUUAGAACGCAUUAGGAAAUGGCAAAAUACAACACUCCACCAAACAUGUCCGGACUCUUCUGGCCUGCGUGACUGCGUCUAAAAACUGGGCAAAGAAGGGAAGGGGAGAGGGUAGGUACUAGGAAGGUACAGGGGUCCUGUCCUGAGGGGGGAGGGAAGAGGACUAUUGGCAUUAUUUAAUAAAAUUGUGGGGAGAAAUCUUCCCGUCGAAAGUAAAGGAACCGACAACGAGGGAGGAGGUUCUGUGUGAACCCCUCUUUUGUAACGAAUGGAUCAAGGAUGCAAGAGGAAAACCCAGACCCUAUCAGCACAAGAUACAAGAUGGGUAGCCACAUGGGAUCUGGCAGGUCAGACACCUGUGGUCGGAGGAGAAAGAAAGACAGCGAGAGAAUUGAGAAGGGAGCUAAAGGGGAGCCACAAGGUCCUGGAGAAUCUUAACGAUGAGCUGAUAUCAACCCCAACGAAGUGGAAAACGAAGUCCGAGAAGGGUCCUCAAUGGGAAAAUGGAGAUAGGGCAACUUGGCAACAUGACGCAGAACCAACAGAAGCAUUUCGGGUACGGCAGAUGGAGGGACCGCGACAAGAAUGGUUAUGCACGGACAUGCAUGAAAUCGAGGAACCAGGUGCUACGACCAGCAGGCUAAAUCAGGAAUCAACGACCCAGGUCUCAAUCAAGCAAAGUAUGGCAAGAAACGUGAGGGUAAUCGAAACCGAGGACUUCACAAUCUACUGCCCCACGACGGCACUGGAAGACCUGGAAAUAGACCCAUUGGAAUGGGCAUAGAAGCUUGGGGGGUUGGGGAGGAGGGCAGAAUGCAUGACGUUCAGAAUAAAUGUACUACAACACUAUGAGGCUGUGAUACAAACUCAGAAUGCGCUCCAAUGGCCGGAGGGGCCUCUGCAACAGAGAUGGGAGAACUGGAUGGGAUUCCUCCCGGCACAAUUGCAAGGUCUUCGGUGGCCACAGCUGGGUUCUAUCAGACUGGGAAAGGUAAGAAGCCUCCAGUGGCUGAUUAUCUGUAUGACUGUACUAGUAAAUGUGUGGCUGAACAAACAUCGGAGUAAGGAGAACAGGGAGAAAGAGGCAAUGAAGCACUGCUUGAUUGAAUGCCCCCAAGCAAGACCAAUUUGGCAAAUAGCACAAGAUCUGUGGGGUAAGAUCUCCAAACUCCAUUUCCUGGACAACCAGGUAAUGCUACUGCUGGGCUUGGCGGUCCUGAGAGUUUGUUGGUCUCAGUUCCGCCAGAAAAGCUUUCAAAUGCUGGGACAGUAUGCGCUGUGGACCAUCUGGAAGCGGCGCUGCCGAGAGACAAUCGAGCAGACACAAAUGCACAUUCGAGAGGCAAAGGAAAUUUAUAGGAACCUCAUGGAGACUAAAAUCUGAGCACAAUGGAAGAGGAUGCGGGGCUGAGUCAAAGAUAACCUGGAGAGAGCCAGCGAAAUAAGAAGCAAGUUCGAGCAAGGGGUGCUAGGGAGGGGGAAGGUUGCAGUGACAGAAGGAAGCGGAUUCAGAUUCACAUGGUUGACGGAAGCAAACCGCCGAGGGAGACAAACUGGCCACAGCCAACUUGUGCACCAGGAUAGAAACUAUUUAUCCAAUAAUUUAGGGAUGAAAGAGGGUAGUAGAGAGGGGAGAAGGAAUAUGACGCACAGAAAGGGAAUAGUGGAUAGGGGAGGUAAUAGGAAAGAGGGGAGGUAGGAGGGAUUUAGAGGUAGGUAAGCCUGGACAGAUGUAAAUCCUAUCAGACAAGGGAGCAAUCAAUGCGUCUGGCCGACAGAUAGUAGAGGCGUACUCAAUGCAUACCAGCGAGAGGGGUGAGCAGUGGUAACCCCUGGAGGCAGGAGUAACCAAUGCUGCUGUCUCGGGAACUGUCUCAGGAAACUUCGGCCAUAACGGAGGAAAUCGGGAGUGUGUUAAGGGACGCUGGAAACGGUUUCUAGCAGGACAGAAGCCCGGAAGGCUACAGUUAACGGAAAGCUAGGGUUUAGGGUUGAAGGUAGAUGGAAGGUAAGUACUUCAAGUCAUGCUUCAGGAAGAAAAGCCGAAGCUGGGUAAUGGCCUGAGUACGCCGAGUUGAGAUGUGGGAGGGAUUCUCGCCCUCCGAUUGUUAUGAGAUAAUAAAAUUACUGUUCUUUAAAAUAAAAAAUAACAAAAGAUUGGACGCCAGAUGGACUUAGAGCCUUUAGAGGAUUUUUUUUUUUCCUUCUUUUUUAAAUCAAAGUUGGACUAAAUC